UACAGUAAAAAUAGGGUACUUGCUGGCUGGCUGCUUGUGUGUUCGCUGGGAAUAUAAACAACUUGGUGGUCACGGAGCACCCUAAUCGGUUGCCACCGCACCGAAAACCGGCAGAGGAAACCGAAGAUGGCCCUCAGCUAAUCGGCGCUUUCUCUCGCUCUGUUGUCGGCGGAUUUACAGAACGACGGCUAGCUGGGUGCUAACGUUAGCACGCUAGCUUGCCAGGAGCACAUAGCAACUGCUGCUAGCUAACGUCACUGGACUGGUACUCUUUACUCUCAAGGCUGCAGCUAUGUUCGUCCAGGAGGAGAAAAUAUUCGCAGGGAAAGUGUUGAAAAUACACAUCUGCACCAUGGACGGCACGGAGUGGUUGGAGGAGGUCACGGAAGACACCACUGUUGAGAAACUGAAGGAGAAGUGCUUGAAACAUUAUGUGCACGGAAGUCUAGAAGACCCCAAAACACUCACCCACCAUAAACUCAUACAUGCUGCUACAGAGAGAGUCCUCACCGACACUAAAACAGUCGCUGAUGAAAAUCUGAAAGAUAAAGAGGUUUUGCUGCUCAUAAAGAAAAGGCCGCCACCGACCCCUCCAAAGAUGCUAGACGUUAGUUCAGAGGAAAAGAAGAAACAAGACAACAAGGCUCCAGACAAAGACGCAAUUCUGAAAGCCACCGCCAACCUGUCCACACGCCACACUGACCGCACUGUUACCCAGCAUAACAUCAGAGAUUUUCAGACGGAGCUAAGAAAAAUCCUGGUUUCUCUCAUUGAAGUCGCCCAGAAGCUUCUCGCCUUGAACCCUGAUGCUGUUGAACUUUUCAAAAAGGCCAAUGCGAUGUUGGAUGAAGAUGAAGAGGACCGGGUAGAUGAAACGGCCCUUCAGCAGCUCACUGAGAUGGGUUUCCCCGAGAGCAGAGCCAUCAAAGCUCUUAGAUUGAACCACAUGUCGGUGACCCAGGCAAUGGAGUGGCUUAUCGAGCAUGUAGAUGACCCCUCUGUAGACGCACCCAUACCUGGCCAGGACUCCUCUGGGGCAGCAGGAGCCACAGCUGCUGCCACACCGGGCCCCUCAGCCUCAGCCUCUGCCUCAGCUUCUGCCUCAGCCUCUGCCUCUGCCUCUGCCUCUGCCUCUGCCUCAACCUCAGCCUCCGGUCCUAACCUCCUCCGCAGCCUCUCUAGCCAAUCGAGCACAGAAGAGAGCAGCAGGCAGGACGAGCUCACAGAGAUCUUCAAGAGGAUCCGCAGGAAACGGGAGUUCAGACCGGACUCAAGAGCUGUCAUUGCAUUGAUGGAGAUGGGGUUUGAUGAAAAGGAGGUGGUUGAUGCUCUGAGGGUGAAUAAUAACCAACAGGAUGCUGCGUGUGAGUGGCUGCUGGGUGAUAGGAAACCUUCUCCAGAGGAUCUAGACAAAGGCAUCGACACCAACAGCCCGUUGUUUCAAGCCAUUCUGGAAAAUCCAGUGGUCCAGUUGGGUCUAACUAAUCCCAAGACCCUGCUAGCGUUUGAAGACAUGCUUGAGAAUCCUCUGAACAGCACCCAGUGGAUGAACGACCCCGAGACCGGCCCAGUCAUGCUCCAAAUAUCCAGAAUCUUCCAGACCCUCAAUCGCACAUAGAGCCUCCUGGUGAUCCCUGUGUGACUGUGGCAGCCUGUGUGUGUGUGUGCGACCAUAUUGGGGUGUGUGUGGGUGUGUGUGUGUGUGUGUGUGUGUGUGUAUGGGUGUGUGUGUGUGUAUCUGAGUGUGGCAGAGACACAAGUAUUGUUUUUGCCUUGUAAAGACAAAGCUGGAGGAGUCAGAGUAUGAAUUAAGAUGUUACACAUAUAACUAUUUAUAACAGUACAGUAAAAACACUUAUACGAAAACAAAUGUUAACAUAAACAUUAUUACAGUAAUAAUAAUAAAAAUGAGAUUUAGUAUGUUGUUUUUACAUUUUAACAAGAACAAUUUAUAGUCAUGACAGACAUGAUUUAUUUUAUAUAAUUUCUCCAUGUGCAGAAAUGACAUCAGACAUCGAUUUAAUGUUUACACUUCAAAGAAAACUGUUUUUGUAUGUUUUGCAAUAUUUAAAUAUCAAUUACAGUUUUGUCUGUCUCUUUAAAUUGUUACGUUUCAUCUGUGGUGAAUGUGUGGAUGAUUUCUGUCGGUAUCACGUUCUGUUUCUCUUCCCCCUUGGUCUUGUUUUUAUCAGAGUGACCGCUUUUAAUUGAGAGGCCGGUGGUCAAAGUCGAGUGUUCGUUUGGCUUGUUGAAAACGGCCUCACGGACACGUUACCUCUCUCUCCGUUCACGCCUGCGAGGUCACUGUAAGUCACCCGAGCGCCUCUCAGUUCAAAGCAGAAAAGCUUCUUCGAGGAUAUUUAUUUGACUUUCUUGCCUUUUAGACAAAAGCUGUACACUAAACUGUUUGUGUCUUAGUCAUGUUUUUACAAGAAACUUAUAUAUUAGGCCUGUGUGUUUAUUGUCGAUGUGCUCUUGAAUGUCAUAUUAUCAUGUUGCGCUCAUUUAGCACUUGUUCACCUCUAUGGAUAUCACUCACUGCAGCACUGAGGGAGUUUAAAGAAGGGUUAUGUCUCAAAAAGGCUGUAGUGGGAUGUUAAACGAAGCUGAGCCUAAUCAAAAGGGGUUUGCCUUUUUUUAACCUUUAAUUUUUGAAUGAUAAAGUUGCUCACUUCAUGCUGCGGAGGUGCGAGCAUCUUCACAAAGAAAUAAUAGAAUUUGAGGCGCAACCAGUGUUGGUCUUUUGGUUUACUUUUUUUUUCUUUUGAGAGCAGUGAACAUUUAUGCUGUCAAACCAAACCAAAAUGUCACUGUAUAACCUGCCUUGUCAUUAGUUGUACCCAUUUAAAAAAAAAAAAAUCCUGUAUUUCUGUGCAAUAGCAAGGACUUCUGUUGACCUGUAAAGAAAUAUAUUUGAUUUGAGUGUUAGAGAUGUGUGAACUGCAAUGGGUAGUGUGUUCUACGAUAUUAGCCUUUGCAUUGAGUACUUAAAAUCUCCAGCUACAAGAAGGCGAGCGUAGCCUCUCCUGGUUGUACCGAGAGCUAAAACACAAAAUGGAGGGUGGUGUGUUUUGCCAAGCUUUUGAGUGUUUUUAUUCAAUAUUUAAAAAAAAAUGUGGUAUUGAUGUGACUUUCUGCUCAGGGAGGCUGAGAUUGUUUUUCUAAACUUGUCGUUACGGCAAACCUCUGCUCACCCCCGUCUAGUUUGGCAUUUGAAAAUGGCUUUAACUAAUCUGUCUAGAUCUUUAUGAAUAAGAGCACUACAGGACAUGGUUUCGUAAAUGCAAUAUUUGAAAAUAUUUAAAUGUUUUUAGAGAGAAGUGUCUGUUUGAACUAUGUAUUAUUACAUUAUUUAUAUCGAAGCCAAACUAGGAACUUGUUCUUAUUUAUAACAUUUUUAGCAAACCUCGAAGCUAAUCUACAAAUGUGAAAAAAAAUUAAAUGAUUCAAAUGUUGUUUUUACAAACCAUUGUAAAAUGUGCUUACGGACUGGCAGGUCACAGUGUGAGUUAAAGUAGUGCAGCAUGUCUGAAUGAUGAAGAAGGAUUUCUACGCGCGUCUCUGGAAGCCUCUCUGCACACUUUCCGCACUGUAGUGGACCUUCAUCACGGCCACAGUGACCAGCUCUCUCACCACCUCCAUGCUUUGCAUUAGUUUGCAUCAGAAACUCUCCUGUAAUAUCAUGAAACAAACUUUGGGAGAUUGUAUGUUUAAAGAUCCGCAGGACAUGCAGACGUCUUUCAAAAAUGGUCAACAGGAACAGAAAAUGAACAAAACGGACUUUAUUGCUUUGGGACACUGAAGGAGUGUUGGACUCACAGGUUUUUGUUUUCACUCAGCUUCCAUGCAGGACUGUCCCCGAUUAACAACCUAUGCAAUAUACUCUCACAGUCUGUUCAUUCAGACAGCCUCAUGGCUACUGGCAUUUAAAUCACUAUUGCAUUAAAGUUAUUUUUUGUGGCUGUAUG